AUGAAGACGAUGGAGGACACAGAAACACAACCAGACCUCAAGGUAAAACUCAUCAUUUACUAUCAUUUCAAUACAUUGAUGAGUUAUGUUUUGUUGUGAAUGUUUUAAAUUGUAAGUGUACGUUAUCUGGCCUGGCGAGAUCAUGUAUUAUGGAUGAGUUAAUGUGUGGUGUGUAGGUCCUUAGCAGCGGUGGAAAAAGUACCCAAUUGUCAUACUUGAGUAAAAGUAUAGAUACCUUAAUAGAAAGUUACUCAAGUACAAGUGAAAGUCACCCGGUAAAAUACUACUUGAGUAAAAGUCUAAAAGUAUUUGGUUUUAAAUAUACUUAAGUAUCAAAAGUAAAUGUAAUUCCUAAAAUAUACUUAGGUAUCAAAAGUAGAAGCAAAAGUAUAACUCAUUUCAAAUUCCUUAUAUUAAGCAAAGCAGGCGGCACCAUUUUCUUGUUUUUAAAAUGUAUGGAUAGCCAGGGGCACACUCAAGCACUCAGACAUUAUCUACAAAAGAUGCAUUUGUGUUUAGUGAGUCUGCCAGAUCAUAGGCAGUAGGGAUGACCACGUUUUCUCUUGAUAAGUGCGUGAAUUUCACAAUUUUCCUGUCCUGCUAAGCAUUCAAAAUGUAACAAGUACUUUGGGUUGUCAGGGAAAAUGUAUGGAGUAAAAAGUAUAAUAUUUUCUGUAGGAAUGUAGUGAAGUAAAAGUACAAGUUGUCAAAAAUAUAAAUAGUAAAGUACAGAUACCCCAAAAAACUACUUAAGUACUUUAAAGUAUUUUUACUUAAGUACUUUACACCACUGGUCCUUAGUGUGCUAUGGCCUUCUUUCUGUAAACUUGAAUAAUUCAACUUUACACUUAGUAUAUUGCAUCAUUGGAUGUUUUCGAAGUAUUUCUGUUUACCUUUGGGGUGAAAUGACCAAGGUGUUUACCAUGCUCAGAUUAGGAGAUUUACUGCCAUGACGUCUGAUUGAAUAACAACUUGUGGAGGGUGGUUCUGGAUUGAUAUCUGAAACCAUGCUUUUGCAGGACAUUUGUGGCUAUUGAUUAAAGACACAAUACCUCAUAGCAAAAGUGGAGACACUGAUUUGUAGAAGACAGUUCUAACAUUGGCUCUGACAAAGAUGCAAAGAUGAUACUUUGAUCAGAAUGGAAUUUAUUGAAAGACCAAGGCUGUUAACCUAGAUACCAGUGCCAAAACACUGACCUGUGGUUUAGAAAGAAAUCCAGUCUACUUUGAUGAGUUAGUCACGGAAGAGCUCCUCUUGCAUCAUCUUUCAAAACAGUCAACUCCAAGAACCAUGACGACUGGCCACGGUCACGGUGACAUUCUUCUGGGUUAUAACAUAAUCCAGGCCCAUGUUGAUCAUUCGUAGAGAGGUCAAUUCAAAUAGGUGUGACACCCAGGUCAUCAUGUGCCUGACGGUUGGCUUCAGUGGAGAUGGCAAGGCAGUAUGGGACAGUGACGAAUCACGUGGGUGACAAUCUUGUGCCAUAUAAGGUAUAUUUGUAUGAUGAAUGAGAGGUCAUCGAUUAUUCCCAGUUGUUGAACAUCAUGUGACUCUCUACUUUCAAACGGUGUGUAUGCCAAGUUACCCAAUGUUACUUUGGAUGUGUAAAUGUCUCUGUCCUCCCUCUCAGAGAUGUGAUGUCCAGAUUCAGACAGAGGAGCAGCAGCAGGGUGCUGAGGGGGGGAAACUGUCUGCAGAGGGAGAGGAGGGUACUGAGGGGGGGAAACUGUCUGCAGAGGGAGAGGAGGGUACUGAGGGGGGGAAACUGUCUGCAGAGGGAGAGGAGGGUACUGAGGGGGGGAAACUGGCUGCAGAGGGAGAGGAGGGUGCUGAGGGGGGGAAACUGUCUGCAGAGGGAGAGGAGGGUACUGAGGGGGGGAAACUGUCUGCAGAGGGACAACAGCAGAAGCAGCAGCCAGGCUUUGACAUGAUCUACACCAUAGAGGAUGUCCCGCCGUGGUACCUCUGCAUUCUACUGGGCCUCCAGGUACACAAAUACACACACUCUCUCACACACACUUAGUUUAAAUGAAUGGUUUUAUGAGUAGACUCCACCUUUCUGUCUGUAUAUUUUUCUUGUUCUCUUGUGUGCGCCCUUUCCCCCCCUCCCUCUGUUUCUCCCUCCCCCUCUCUUUCUCUCUCUCUCUCUAUCCAUGGUGAUUAACACUGUGUCUUUGAUCGCAGCACUACCUGACGUGUUUCAGCGGGACCAUCGCUGUGCCCUUCCUACUGGCGGAGGCCAUGUGUGUGGGACAAGACCAGUACACGGUCAGUCAGCUGGUGGGAACCAUCUUCACCUGUGUGGGAAUCACCACACUCAUACAGACCACAUUUGGAGUCAGGUACGUGUGUGUGUGUGUGUGUGUGUGUGUGUGUCUUCUAAUGCUUGGCAUGCAUGUGUAACAUUGUAUCUUCCAUGUUUAGGUUACCUCUUUUCCAGGCCAGUGCUUUUGCCUUCCUCAUCCCUGCCCAAGCCAUCUUAGGACUGGAAAGAUGGAAAUGUCCCCCUGAAGGUGCGCCCCUCAGUCCCAUCCUAUAUCAGAAGAACAUGGCCCAAUCACAGACAGAACCUCACUAAUGUGCUAUUGUGUCUGUCUUUCCACAGAGGAGAUUUAUGGGAACUGGAGUCUUCCUCUGAACACCUCCCACAUCUGGCACCCAAGGAUAAGAGAGGUACUUCCUGCCUCUUGCCACUGGGCCUCCAUCUCUGGGUCCAUCCUUCUGAACUGUAGCAUCUCUCAGUGAGCCUCCAUCUUGGGGUCCAUCCUUCUGAACUGUAGCAUCUCUCAGUGAGCCUCCAUCUUGGGGUCCAUCCUUCUGAACUGUAGCAUCUCUCAGUGAGCCUCCAUCUUGGGGUCCAUCCUUCUGAACUGUAGCAUCUCUCAGUGAGCCUCCAUCUUGGGGUCCAUCCUUCUGAACUGUAGCAUCUCUCAGUGAGCCUCCAUCUUGGGGUCCAUCCUUCUGAACUGUAGCAUCUCUCAGUGAGCCUCCAUCUUGGGGUCCAUCCUUCUGAACUGUAGCAUCUCUCAGUGAGCCUCCAUCUUGGGUUCCAUCCUUCUGAACUGUAGCAUCUCUCACUUUGAUUGACAUUAACAGAGACAUCAUGUAGACAUAACUAGGACCCAUCGUUUGUCCGGGUCAGGUCACAUGGUGGUCCUAGACAUACCUAAUGAUAAUAACAGUCGGUCUCUCUCCUCUGUAGAUCCAGGGUGCCAUCAUUGCGUCCAGUGUGGUGGAGGUGGUCAUCGGGCUGGUGGGUCUCCCUGGUCUCCUGCUGGACUACAUCGGGCCACUGACCGUCACCCCCACCGUGUCCCUCAUCGGCCUGUCUGUCUUCCAGACGGCCGGGGACAGAGCCGGCUCUCACUGGGGCCUCUCGGCACUGUAAGAGCACAAUCCAUCCUCCCUUCUGCUCUGUAAUGUAUGCUCCUCCCUGGUUUCUCUCUGCUCUCUCCAUCCUCUCCUCUCCUCUCGUGUUUUUACACUUGAGAUCCAACUAUGUUGUCUUGAGUUGUAUUAUUGUGUGCGGCAUGUUUUCCUUACCUCUCUUCCGCACUUCUUUAGUUUAAAUGGUUCACCUUGUUUUGGGCUUGAGACUCUUUAUCGUCUUACGUCCAAGGUCCAUUGAAGCUUUUUGAUUGAAUCACAUACUAUUAACGUAAUGACCUUUUCCCCCUGUUUGAUGUCUUUGACUGGGUUACGGUGUAGCUAUAUCACUGCCUCUCCCCAGGUGCAUCUUCCUCAUCGUACUGUUUGCUCAGUACCUGAGGAACUGGUCCUUCCCUCUCCUCACCUACAACAGGAAGAAAGGCUUCAGCACCGCCAGGGUCCAGAUCUUUAAGAUGUUCCCGGUUAGAACCAACACACCACACCAUCCUGUCUCACAGGGAUGUUAGAAAGCCCUCCUAUUCUGGUCGUACUAAUGUGAGACGUUCUCAUGUUGGGGCAUGGUCUAGUGUUCAUCAUAAAUACAUCAGGCUAAUCAUUCACAGCACAUCAUGUCAUCCAAAUCUUGAGCUGUUAUAAGAGAGUCUGAGGAACACUUUCCUGCACUGCCCUCUUGUGCUCCUGCCUUAGUGAGUGAUGCCCGACAGGUCAUGGGGACACUGUCAGGCUAUAGAAAUGACUCACUGUGAUAGACAGACACAGACCACAGGGAUCAUUUCACCAUUAUGUUAAAGCCAAGUAUUAGCUUUCUGAUGAAAAUGGAAAUAUGGCACAGACUAGGCACAUCCAAAAUGAUAACUUGGAAUAUUGGAAACUUGGAAUCCCUAUGAUUCUGUUACAUGACAUGUUAUGUUGUUCCCCUGUUAUUUCUGUGUGUCUGUGGCGCCGUCUUCAGAUCAUCAUGGCCAUCAUGUUGGUGUGGUUGCUAUGUUACAUCCUGACCCUGACUGACGUGUUGCCCAGUGACCCCAGCCAGUACGGGCAGAAGGCACGCACCGACGCCCGUGGUGACAUCAUGACCCUCUCCCCCUGGUUCCGGGUCCCUUAUCCCUGUAAGAGGCCAGCAUUACCUCCACUGUCUCACACAAUGGGGCAGUUUGGACACAUGAGCCAGAUCAAGGGUCAAGUUAAGAAAGUGGAUGACACUGGUCAUUUAUUAGCAACUUUAGAAUGACCUUAUACAGUGCAUUUGGAAAGUAUUCAGACCCCUUGACUUUUUCCACAUUUUGUUACGUUACAGCCUUAUUCUAAAAUGGAAUCUCAUCAAUCUACAUACAAUACUCCAUAAUGACAAAGCGAAAACAGGUUUUCUGAAAUGUUAGCAAAUCUUUUAAAAAUAAAACACACACAUACCUUAUUUACACAAGUAUUCAGACCCUUUGCUAUGAGACUCUAAAUUGAGCUCAGGUGCAUCCUGUUUCCAUUGAUCAUCCUUGACAUGUUUCUACAACUUGAUUGGAGUCCACCUGUGCUAAAUUCAAUUGAUUGGACAUGAUUUGGAAAUGCACCCACCUGUCUAUAUAAUGGAAGAAGUUUGGAACCACCAAGACUCUUCCUAGAGCUGGCCGCCCGGCCAAACUGAGCAAUCGGGGGAGAAGGGCCUUUGUCAGGGAGGUGACCAAGAACCUGAUGGUCACUCUGACAGAGCUCCAGAGUUCCUCUGUGGAGAUGGGAGAACCUUCCAGAAGGACAACCAUAUCUGCAGCACUCCACCAAUCAGGCCUUUAUGGUAGAGUAUGAAAAUGUAUGCACUCACUAACUGUAAGUCGCUCUGGAUAAGAGCGUCUGCUAAAUGACUAAAAUGUAGAGUGGCCAGACGGAAGCCCUCCUCAGUAAAAGGCACAUGACAGCCCGCUUGGAGUUUGCCAAAAGGCACCUAAAGACUCUCAGACCAUGAGAAACAAGAUUCUCUAGUCUGAUGAAACCAAGGUUGAAGUCUCUGGCCUGAAUGCCAAACGUCACGUCUGGUGGAAACCUGGCACCAUCCCUACAGUGAAGCAUGGUGGUGGCAGCAUCAUGCUGUGGGGAUGUUUUUCAGCGGCAGGGACUUGGAGACUAGUCGUGAUCGAGGGAAAGAUGAACGGAGCAAAGUACAGAGAGAUCCUUGAUGUUUUUGCUUCGUCAUUGUGGGGUAUUGUGUGUAGAUUGAUGAGGGGAAAAAAAGAGACAAAAAAAUAAAUGUAAGAAUAAGGCUGUAACGUAACAACAUGUGGAAAAAGUCAUGGGGUCUGAAUACUUUCCAAAUGCACUGUAUAUCAUUUUAAAUGGGGAAAUGAUCUGAGUUGUCAUCCAUUGCCAAUGCCUUUCAUCUUGCCGCAUAGGAGGAGGAUUCUGACUUCUGGUGUUUGUGUGUCCCUGAUAGGUCAGUGGGGGUUGCCCACGGUGACCAUCGCCGGAGUGCUGGGCAUGUUCAGCGCCACACUAGCUGGCAUUGUAGAGUCUAUCGGGGACUAUUACGCCUGUGCCCGCCUCUCUGGGGCACCCCCGCCACCUAUCCAUGCCAUCAACAGGUGUGCUUCAGUCUUCUACGCCAGGGGUUAGACUUCUAAUAAAGGCUCUGACAGGGGACCUAUGUUCUAGAAUGCCCUCUUAUUGUCAAGCAUCAGUAGCCUGUGUUGAUGUAUGUUUGUGUCUGUGUCAUGUCUUUCCCAUACCAGGGGUAUCUUCACAGAGGGUGUUUGUUGUAUUAUAGCAGGACUGCUGGGUACAGGAAAUGGCUCCACCUCCUCCAGUCCCAAUAUUGGAGUUCUGGGAAUCACUAAGGCAAGGAAGCUUAAUCCCUCAACUGGUUUUGACUAGAUGGAGUACAGUUUAUGUCAAAAUUGAAUUUUCGUAGCAGGUUAGGAGAAUUUACGCAGCAGGUUAGGAGAAGUAACGUAGCUGGUUAGGAGACUUAAGUUAAGGUUAGGAAAAGGGUUAGCUAAAAUGCUAAAUGUUUCCGCUUUUGAUGUAAAUUUGACAUAAACUGUAUUCUGUCUAGAUAUGACCCCCUUGGCCCCUAAGCCACUCCCCAGAUUGUUCUCAGACAUGUUGUCUUUAAUCUAUGUACUGAAAACACGGAUUAGAUAUGUAAUCUCAAAUCCUGUAUUUAAAUCUAGUUCAAGUUGGAAUCAGCAAUAUUAUAUUUUUGAAACAGAUAAAGGCUUAUUAACAUGAUCUCCAGUGCAAGCGCUUUGCCACAAUGCAAAUAAUUAUUAAUAAACAAUGGGUUGAUACUAGAGGUUGUACAGUUCACAUUGAGUCACGUUGUACGGUGUCUCUCUACACACAGGUAGGAAGCAGGAGAGUGGUGCAAUACGGUGCGGCCAUAAUGCUCCUGUUAGGAACUGUGGGGAAAUUCACUGCCCUCUUUGCAUCGCUGCCUGACCCCAUUUUAGGCGGCAUGUUCUGCACCUUGUUCGGUGAGUCACUGACCUCCUAACAGAGAUCUCACACACAGCGUCACCUCUCUCUCUCACCCACGGGGGGGCAGUAUGAUCACAGAAAGCGCACCUCUAUUUUAGACGGGAUGAGGAAAUUAUAUGUCUAGCUAGAAACACAGAUAACUAGAUCAAAAUGAGACAAUAAUAACCUUAUCCACCCCUCUGUUUGUGUUGUCUAUGCCUUGCAGGUAUGAUCACCGCUGUGGGCUUGUCCAACCUGCAGACUGUAGACCUCAACUCAUCUAGGAAUCUCUUUGUCCUUGGCUUCUCCAUGUUCUUUGGCCUAAUGUUGCCCAAUUACCUAGACUUGCAUCCCGGCUGCAUCCAAACAGGUGGACUGCACAUUGAAAAUGGUUUUACUGAUUUGAAAAGACAUCUCCAUUUUAAGAGGAAGUGUAGGAGUGGCUUUAGAGAGUUUACAGUGUGUACACUAAGACUGUUAUGAAGCUUUAGUAUGGAUAAAUAUGUUGAUGUUAUGAAUAACGAUUAGGAUCAUUAAUUUGGUAAUACAUAUUUUAUUGCCCUGCUCAGGAGUUCCAGAGGUGGAUCAAAUCCUUACAGUGCUCCUAACCACGGAGAUGUUUGUCGGAGGCUUCCUGGCGUUUGCGCUGGAUAACACCAUCCCAGGUAUGCAUGCUAUGUGAGAAUGUGAAACCUCAUCUCAUUAACAUGAGCUACUAGUCACCUUGUCACACACUGAUCAAAGAGAUCAUCAGUUGCUUUGUGUUUGUUUAUGUGUCACCACGAUAUCACAUCAAUCUUUCAAUUUAGCGCAACCGUUGCCUGUAACUACCAAUGUUUGUUUAUGUGGCAUUGUGUGUUUGCUUGUAUGUUUGUGUGUGUAUGCUUGUGCGUGCGGUUUAAACAGGCACCAGGAAGGAGAGAGGGCUGCUGAACUGGAAGGCUGAUGAGAGCAGUGGGGGAAGCUCAGCGAACAUGCGUAUUUAUGACUUCCCCGUUGGAAUGAGCUGCGUUAGGAAGGUCAGCUACCUGCGCUAUCUACCCAUCUCCCCCAGCUUCCAAGGCUUCACGCGGCGCAGACGAAAGGACAGCGUGCAGGAAAACAUGGAGGAUGAAUUAAGAGAGCGGAAUGAGAGUUUACGCAUGGACACAACAAUUACAUUGGCCUGCACCAAAGUAUAG